AACAAGCUCUGUAGUGAAAGGGCGCCUUGCUUGCACGAGUAACUUUGGAUAUAUGAAGUUGAACAACUGGUUGUUUUUUUGUUCUAAAGUCUCAACUUUAGGGUUUGGCUGUUUAGCGUGCGCAGAUUGACCGUUGAGUAUGUUAGAUUACGCGUUUAUUUUAUUUGCCACUAUUCCCAUACUGUACCGGGUUCCAAAAGUACAGUACUAUGUCAAAUUUUCUGUUUUCUUCUUAUUGAUCUUUAUUGGGUCAUUUAUUUAUUCUAUCCGAUUGGCUUUCAAAGGCCGAAGAUAUGAAAAUGCUUGGUAAUAACUUUUCGCUCAUAACGUUUCAAGGAUGUUUGUAAAAUAUCUAGCAUUUUCUGGAAGGGUGGUUGGUUUAAAUCCUGUUGUCGAGGACGACCAUCUUCUGUCCGGGGAACCAUGUAUUUACGUCUUGAAUCAUCAAAGUUGCAUAGAUGUCACAGGUGUGGGCGACAUAUGGCCAAAACGCUGCUCGGUAGUUUCCAAAGCUUCACUUAGAUUCAUGGGAUUUUUGGGAAUAGUUAUGUGGCUGAGCAAGACUAUUUCCAUUGAUCGAUCCCAUCAUACUGAUGCUAUUUCUGCCAUGGAGAAAGCUGCCAUAGAAGCCAAGCAGGAUAAGGUCUCGGUUUUCAUUUUUCCUGAGGGCACAAGAUCCGAUGCCGGUUAUCUUUUGCCUUUUAAAAAGGGAGCAUUUCACAUGGCCAUCGAGUGUCAAUUUCCGAUCCAACCUAUUGUUAUUGAACCGUAUGCAAAGUUCCUUGACCACAAAAAGAAACUUUUUAAAAGUGAUACCGAUAAAUCAAUAGAAUCAGUUCAUAUUGAUGAAAAUGUCUGAAACGUAACAUGAUUAUGAACUACAUUUGAACACUCACAAAACACGAAUGUGACUACUUCUCUCAAACACAUCAAACAACAAGUGAAUAAAUUAACUAGCAUAUUCUCAAACUUUCAUGAUACAUACAAACAAUGUAAAAUAACUGUACAAUAUGUAAAAUGUAAUUACAACACGCAACAUGAAGUUGUUAAAAAAAAUCAAAAAGCAAAACCAUUUCAUUACUUUAGAGUAUAAAACCAUAACAACUAUCUAAUAUUCUUUGAAAUAAAAAGAAAAUAAUAAUAAUUUCUACCAAAAUAUGUCACUUUUCAAUCAGUAUUAAUUAUAGGAAAAACCUAUCAAAUUAAACUGAAAUCAAUCAAUCAAUAAAAGAUUGAUAGAUUUUCAGAAAAUUUCUAUUUUGUAAAUUGUUUUAAAUUCA